CUGUUAAAUUUGUCAAACCAAAAUUAUUAAAUUUCUUUUCCAUAAAAGCUAACGAGAAGCGAGUUUUGGGAACUCUCUAUUCUGGACAGAGGUGUAUGGUGAAUUGAAUAUGACGUAAAUGACAUAUAUGUAAACAAAACAAUGUUGGAAGUGGACGAAGUAUUGGAAAAAUUCGGUUAUUUCAGUCGGCAGCAGGGAAUCAUGCUAUUACUCUGUUCUCUGAUCAAUCUACUAUCAUCCAUGCAUAUUCUUUCGAACCCGUUAAUUAAUUUCGUACCAAAGUAUUGGUGUGCUGAUGGGCUGGACCCGGGGGCACCACCGCCAAAUGAAUCUAGCUGCAAACCACUGUACAAUAAUUCAACCAACUCUGGUACCUGCAAUAAAUACAACUAUGAGGUUCACAUGGGCUUUCAGAGUUUCGUCAGUGAAAUGAACUGGAUAUGUGAUGAAGCGUGGAAACUUAGGAAGGGAAACUCCUAUUUCCUGGCGGGCCGCUUGAUAGGCAGUCUAUUUAUGGGCUAUUUGGCAGAUAUACUGGGUCGGGUGCCCAUUGUUGUUUUGACCAAUGUCAUUGCCAUAUUCGGCAACUUUUUGACAAUCUUUGACAUGAAUGUGGACCUUUUUUGUAUAUUUCGAUUUAUAUGCGGCUUCGUCCUAAACAGCAACUUUGCGUUAAUUCGCAUUCUAAUUGUGGAAUAUAUGCGUCCUUCUUUGCGCACCGUUUGCCUGAACAUUUGUGUCGAUUUCAUUUCUUAUUUGGGCAUAAUAAGCACCAUUUGGAUAGUGGUCCUCGUAGGUAAUUGGCGUCGUUUCAUGCUUCUCGACUCGCUUCCAAUAUUUGUGAUGCCGAUUUUCUUUUAUUUUGUACCGGAGAGCGUACAAUGGCUGAUCUCAAGGAAGAAAUAUGGCCAGGCUAUAGCCGCCCUAAGGCGUGUGGCCAAGAUAAAUGGCCGUCAAAUUGAUGACAACCUCUUUAAAGAAUUCAUUGAUGACUGCAAAUUAAGCCAGCAAAAUACGAAGAACACCCCAAAUCUGCUGCACCUCCUCAGGACGCCACGCCUACGCCGCACCUUUUUAAUAAUGUUGCUUGAAGUCAUGAUCAUUUUACUCUUCAACAAACUUGUCAUGUAUCAUAUUCGUCACCUUAAGAUUUCGCCAUUUGUUAGGAGCUCACUUCUUAUAACUUCUAUUCUGCCUGCUUGCUUGGCAAUAAUUAUCCUGCAAGAUCGCAUAGGACGCAAGGCGUUGGCUUUGACAAUACGGCUCCUUAUUGUCCUUUUCCUCUUGCUAUCGUGCGUCCUCCUCUCUCCCGCUGCUAGUCACUCAACCCCAUUACUGUUGUCGAUUUUCGUAAUUGGGAACAUUUUUUCUGACCUUGCCUUCUACUCAAAUAUACAGUACACCUUGGAGCUGAUUCCAACAUGUGUGCGGAGCCAGACAGUGGGUUCUAUCUAUGCCAUAAGCUAUGUGCUCGACAUAUUCACAUAUUACUUUUUGAACAUGCGUGAAGUCUUCUUGCUGCUGCCGGAAAUCAUUCUGGCAAUAAUAGCAUUUCUGGGAGCCUGUCUUUGUUUGCUGCUGCCGGAGACACUGAAUCGCACGCUGCCCAGUUCACUGGAGGAUGGCGAUAAGCUUGGCAAUGACGAGCAUUGGUACACAUUUGGGUGCACGCAGCCGGAACAGCUUGAAAACUCCUUGGAAGAAUAAAAUGGGAUAUAUUGAAGUAGGGUUCCGAUCGCUCAUAUAUGUAUCAUAUGUAAACGAAGAAAUAUAUACGAAAUAGAAAACGAAUUUAUUUGCUAGCAACUGCCUCUGAAAUGCUCAGAAGCCCUUAUCGUUUAGUACCCAAAACGAAUCAAUCAAUCAAUUGAACGAAAUGAAUUGGAACAAGUAAGAUCCCGACUGGGCGAUACCCUGAACCCUCUUCUUCCAACAUCAAAUGCUUUAUAAAGUUCGUCCAUAUAAACUCACUAUUAUAAGAUUUGUAUAUAAUCUAUACAUCAUUUAUUGCUAGUAAUAUGUGAAAUAGUGUUCAAGUUAUCUUAAGAUACUUCCAAAAAGAAAAUGCAUGAAUU